AUGAGCCGAGCGGGCUGUUGCCUUGAUAAAAAACGUGUCAAGUCCGGGGAAGACCCAGGAAGUGACCCAUGCGCCUCUCAAGACGCUGGUGUCAGCCCUGAAACGUCAUUACUCUGUACCUUCAGAAAGGACACACACUCGGACAAAGUUUACCUGGCGAGGAGAGAGUAUUUUGGCGAGGAUGGGCGGACAUUUAAAAUGCGUCUUGUUGAGAAAAUCAAGCAGCAGUUAAGGAGCGACCCCACCCUGCAUCCAGAGACUCAAUGUCCUUCUGCUCAGGCAGAGUUCUGCAGGCGAGCCACUGAGGCUGCUUUGGGCAAAAACUGCAAAGCUGUUUUGGAGAACAGGGUGUUAAGUGUGCAUACUCCUGCUUUUUCUGAUGCUGUUCGUCUUGGUGCUGAACUUUUGAGACACUGGUUUGAUGUGAGCAGUGCUUGGGAUGGACCAGUCUAUCUGUCUUUUCCUUGUGAUGACUCACUGGCAGCUACCUUCCAGGCCGCAGGUUUCCAUGACAUCCGUCACUAUUAUUACUGGGAUGGUGAGCAGAAGGAUGUUUGUUUGGAAAAGUUUCUCGUGGAUCUACAGGAGGCUCCAGAGCGAAGCGUUGUUCUUUUGCCAGCUUGUGGACAUUACCCUACUGGCGCAGCCCUCUCUCACAAUCAGUGGGUCAUGAUUGCACAGCUCUUCUUGAGGCGUGGGCUGCUCCCCUUCCUCCUGCUGCCAACACCAGCAUUAGGCUUUGGGGAUUUAGGUCGCGAUGCAUGGCCUGUUUGGUACUUUGCAUCACAGGGCAUGGAGCUGCUGUGUGCUCAGUCAUUCUCACACAGUUUUGGACUCUAUGAUGAAGCUGUCAGCCACCUAUUGUGUGUAUUGAAGCACAAUUCUGUCCUCUCUGCUCUUCAUUCACAAGCUGACAAAUUGACCCAGUCUCUGUGGACCCGGGUGUCUGGAGGUGGAGCACGUGUGGUUUCUACCAUACUCAGUAACCCGGCUCAUCUUGUGGAAUGGCAAGGAGAAUUGAAGCACAUUGUGGAAAGAUGCUUGCUGAUCAGACAGCUCUUGAGAGAAAAACUCAGACUUCUGGGCUCUCCAGGUUGGGACCAUGUGACCCAACAAAGUGGACUCUACUGUUGCUUGGGACUGAAUGGCCAACAGGUGGACUAUCUGUCCAAUCGGAGACAUGUUUACGUGCUCCCUCAUGGAUGUAUAAAUGUGAGCGCAAUCAACAGCCACAACUUGGAAUACAUUGCAGAGUCCAUCCACGCAGCGACCACUUCACUCUGACUGAGAAGCUGCUCUCUGGCCGGUGUCAGCGAGACUCGAACGCAUGGUUGCUAAUAACCAUUUCCUACCCCAAUUCGUGGCCACGUUAGACGUUAUCGAUGCUACGCUAAUCUGUUUUUUUUGAGAAACUUUGGACUGUACAGUUUCUACAUACGGAUCGGAUUCAGGAUCCAACACAUAUGGCCAAUAUUUUAAAAAGAUACUUUGCCGUUUAUUAUGAACUCGUAUACCGUUCACAGCUAGCAGCACAAACGGGAAGUUCUUUUAGUCGUUAGUGUGACCAACCACAGCGGAGUGGACAUGCCUGCAGGUGGGCCUUGGGUGGGAAAACAGACAUGAAAUUCAAAGAAAUCCAUCUGAUGCAAUCAGGUGCAGAUUCUGGAAGAACUAUAAAGCUUUGUGUGCUGGCUAUUGUGUGUAGCUGCUCUAUAGGAGUCCACAACUAAAUACAAAGGGCUGAAAAAUAACAGUAUAAUAGGUCCCCUUUAAAUGGAACCGGCUUCCCACUGAUGUGUUAGGGAAGCUACCAAACACAAUGUUGCAGUGAGUGAAUGUGUAUGUAUAUGUAUUUGUAUGUGUAUGUAGUGUAUGUAUUUAUAUAUUCAUUAAGCUAUUUCACUGAUCACGAUGUUUCCUGUGCUUGACGGCUCUUAUUCAAGUGCAAUUUCAGCUCUUUCAUCCAUCAAACAUACUGUACAAUAUAUACAAAAUAAUGUGUUCAUAUAUGACGCGAAUGCUUUUCAAGGCACUAAUUUCUGUUUCUGUCCACUCGCCAUCCAUCAGCUGCCUCAGUAAAUGUGAUUUUACCUAAUUUAGGAGCAACAUGCUCUAAUUUUGUAGACUAGACCUACGCCGCCUAAUGAAGGAUGAAUGUGUGGUGGUUUUUGUCCACCUCCCGGACCAGAAAAGUGUCAUUUAAACACCUUGAAAAAAGGAGAGUACAGUCAAGGAGGAUGCCAAGGUUGUGGAUGAAUGGGGAUGGAGUGACGGUGCCGUUGUCCAAUGAUGUCUUGAGCCUAUUUUGUGAUGUUGUAGCGACCAAUGAUGAUUGUUUCUUUUGCCACUGUUAAGUUUGAGAAAGCUGUGUUUCAUCCAGGUUUUGAUACCAAUUAGGCACUUGGUGAGGGUAGAGGGUGGAUGAAUUUAAUGGAGGUGCAGUAGUGGGAGGAUCAAGACAGCAAAAUGCUUAUAUUCUUAUAAGCAUCUUCAGUAUUCUUUCCAUUUCAGCCACUCUCAGCGGCGGUGAAUGUCUGUCAAAAGAGUACAUCCUGUUUUGAUACAUAAAUAUGAAUAUAUGACACAUCAUGCUAUUGUUGACAUAGAAAAGUCAUGGUCAUCAGUCACAGUAGAUGAAUGUAAUGUAUUUGUACUCUUAAGAUAUUGAACAUGAUGCUUUUAUCCACUCAACCUUGUACUCUUUCAUUUGCAAGCUCUGCCUCUAUUGAUCAGCACUGAGAAACAGGCUGAAAAAGGAGAUUUAAUGGAGGCAAAAUGUUCACUCACUUUAUUUCAGUGACCUCGGCUUAACAGUGAGAACAAUCGGCAUCCACAGUUAUUCAAAAUCGGAGCCAUUAGACGCGCUUGGAUGUUGGAACCCUUUUGAAAAUGCUCGCAUGUUGCAGAGAGUAGCUCCUACUACUCAUACUGAUAUUACGGUUUGGCUGUUUGAAUGCAGUCGCCUGGUCUUUGUGGGUGCGUUAAACACUGCAUCACUUCAGCCUUAUAAUGUGGCAUUUUGUACUCAGUUGUAAAGUACAAUGUUAAGCAAUCACUUCAUGUCCUUGGUAACAUCAUUUGUUACCAUAAUCAGAAGAUAGAAAGUUCAAGAAUAUUAAGAAAAGUGGUAAUGUGAAAAGUGGUUCAAGAAAACUGGUAAUGGUUUCAUUUUAUUUGAACAUGUAUAAGGUUGGACAAGUGGUUAGCACGCAGGCCUCACAGCUAGGAGACUCGAGUUCGAUUCCACCCUCAGGCAUUUCUGUGUGGAGUUUGCAAGUUCUCCCUGUGCAUCCGGUUUCCUCCCACAUUCCAAAAUCAUGCUAGGUUAAUUGGCGACUCCGAAUUGUCCAUAGGUAUGAAUGUGAGUGUGAAUGGUUGUUUGUCUAUAUGUGACCUGUGAUUGGCUGGCCACCAGUCCAGGGUGUACCCCGCCCCUCGCCCGAAGACAGCUGGGAUAGGCUAAAGCACCCCCGUGACACUCGUGAGGAUAAGAAAAUGAAUGACUGAAUGAAUGUACCAGGUUACAAUGGAAUUCAACAGAUAAUAACUUCACAGUUCCACUUUUCCAAAAGGAGUAGGAAGAAGCAAAGCUUAUUAAAUCAUAUGUCAUGAUCUGUGUGUUGUUGCUCUGCAUAAUACAAUUCAUCACAAAAGUGACUACUAGAAAAAAACAGACCUCACAAAUUGCUCUGCCGUCAUAAAGUCAUACACAUCCAUUUGACUGUCUCGACCUCUUCUUCUUGAAAUGUCGGUUGACAAAGUGUAUUACUGCAUCUGCUAGUGUGCAACAGGAUUUGCAGC